UCCAAAUGGCACCUUCAUUUUUCUGUGUGCACUGUAUUGUGGAAUUAUUAGCCAACAGUGUUGUUAGUGCUGAUCAAGGAAUAUUCCAUCUACAGGAAUAAAAUGAAGGAAAGCUGAAAUCUCAGUGUGACUAAAGCUGUGUGUGGAGAAACCGGACAAUCAGCUAUAGCAGCUUUAGAAUACAAUAAGUCUCAUUAUGGUUCAUUAGAUGUAGUGAGUAGCUGCUGAAAGGUGUCUAUACCCUACAAUGUGCUUCUAAUACAAGCGUCUAGCAAACAGGAAGUAGCCAACGCUGAGAACUUCCUGUAUGAGCCCAUCUACUGGCCAGCUUCUGCACUAUGGGCACAGGAGGUCCCUGAAUGUGUCCUACGUGUAUGUGUGUGUGUGUGUGUGUGUGUGUGUUUUGCCGUUCCACCCCCUUUGCUUCCUUCCCUGCUGCUGGCCCGCCGAUGCACGGCAUCGUGGGAAAGAACGGAUAAUAUUCUGGACAUUCACACCCCCAGAUGUCGUCUGGGCCUCGGGGUCAGCCUGUAAACGUGUGUCUCACGGACUUCAGAGGAAGCGGAAGAUGAGACGGUCAAGUGCGUCGGGGGAGAUUUCGUCGUUCCUCACGUCGUCCUUCUCGAUCAGCUGCUUCCUGUUUAUUGUUACGCUGCAGUGUUGUCCCAGGAAGAUAACGAGGCUUUGACCUUUAUCAGGAGCACAUCCUGCCCCCCCCCCGUUCGUACAGCGUGAACGUCAUAGUGGAUCAGAGGGCAGCAUGUGAUUGAAUGGCUUUUAUUUAGAAGAAGUUGUGUUUCAAAUGUAGACAUAAUUAGCUGCAAAAAAAAAUGGUGAACUUUGCAUGUUUGUGGUUAACACCCCCCCCCCCCCCCCUUUUAUUUCUCAAAAGCAGCUCGCAACAAAUCCAGCAGCCUUUUCCAACCACCGAAUGAACCCCGUUAGACGAUGUUAAAAUCGCGAAACCAAAAUAAUAAAUAGCACAGUUUAUUUCAUGUUGAGCAGUCUGCUUGUCUUUUUCCAAGGAGACCUUUAAAUACCCCUCAUACACUGAAUAUAUAUCUCUCUUUAAAACACAGAGCACAAAUCUACCCCUGUUAUUUUUCAAUUGAGGGUAAAGUUGAAGGUAUUGGCUUACGCUGAGACAGAAGGAGUUGCUAGAUUAUAGUCAAUGUUUUAUGAUACACUUCUUAAAACAUUGCCCAUCUUCUUGGAAUAGAAGGCCACUUUAAGUCUGAACAAUUGACCGAAGAAACUCCAACAUCGCAGCUGUCUACGGCUGGAGCCAUGGCAGGAUCUGUAGAAUACACUGUGUCCCUCCCAGUGUGAGAGUUAUGUCCAGACCAGUCUUCUCCCACUGCUUUGACUUUGUUUGGUUGUUUUUUUGGAAAGGUUUAAAGAUUUAUUUUCCAAUAAAUGUGCGUGCUGCGGGACAACUGCCGGGAUUUCCAACCAGUACAACACAGUCCAGGUCACAACAUGGUUUACAUUGUGCAGGGUCGUGUGAGCUUUUAGUGGGAUUAGUGGAAACUAAUCUUAUAUAAAUUCAAAAGUGUGAUUGAGCUAAUUUGGCAGAGUGACAAAAGUAUACAGAGACGUGGAGAAAGAGGGGGAGCGAAGUGAAGUUAAAGCCACAGAUCAGAUUCCAUAUAAGAGUAUGGAUGCAUUUUCACAAGCAUGUAGUUUCGUUUAAAUGGCACAAAGUUACUCUCUGCUCUCUCAACUGCGGCAGCCAUGAACAAAGUGUGUGUGAAAAAUCUAAAAAACAACAUGAAAUUGAUCUAUUGUUGGUUCUGAAACUCCAUUUGCAUUGCAGAACCACAGUCAGCUUGAUGGCAAAACAGAACGAUUGAAAAAUGUGUACUAUCUGACAAAAUGUGCAAUAUUCCAAUCUGUGCAAUAUCCCCACAUAACCUUCCCCCACCUCUCAAAAUGUGCAAUAUCCCCAUAUAACUGUCCCCUUCCCCCUCUUUCUUUUCACAAGCCAGGAACUGCACUCAGAACAUGUAACACCCGGUUCUGUUUCUCCUAUGUUCCGUGUCUCCUAUGUCUCCUCUGUGUCUUCUCUGUCUUAAUUGUUUAAUUCCCUGCACCUGCCCUCAGCCACUCUUGUCUCGUUACUGUCUGAUGUCGUACACCUGUGUUUCCCCCCCUAUAUAUUGUGUCAGUCUUUCCCUUGUCUCCUGUCGGAUUGUCGUCUCUCGUUCCGUGUCCUUUUCCCGUCGUCCUGUCCGUGUUCCUGAUCCUGCCUGCCUGCCCUGACCGACGAUCCUCUGCCUGCCGCUUUUGGACCUUGUUUAUUUUGCAACUGUUUUGCUUCAUUAAAGAGUGCUUUUUGUUAUUCGAGUUUCGAUCCUGCUUGAUUCUCUGCACAUGAGCUCCUGCACCUCGCUACCCGUGACGUCGGCGUGACAGAACAAUCCGACUAUGAUUGGCUCAGCAGAGGACAGUGUGCGCUCAGCUCUCCAGACGCAAGGGGAGCGUCUUUCAAAGAUUGAGCAGUUAAUCUCUGGCAGGUACAAGGAGCUCCACGACCAACAGAGUUCUUUGACCAAACAGCUGAGGGAUCUGCUACUCCCGAGCGAGCCGGUGCGGGCCGGCUGCGGUUCCCGGUCGCCGGAUGGGUCGGCACCGCCAGCCCCGUCUGGCUACCAGCCCAAGCCCCAGCAGCCCUCGCCGUGCCUGUCCGGUAUUCCCGGUGACCUGUCGAAGCCCCGGCCGUUCUCCACUGGCCCCUGGCAGCCGCCGGCGUUCCUAGCCGGCAUUCCCGGUGAUCUGUCGGAACCCCGGCCGUUCUCCACUGCCCCCCGGAAGCCCCCGCCGUUCCUGUCGAGCAUUCCCUGUGUCCCGCCGGUUCCCGCUGCCGCCUCGGUGCCGCAGUCUUCACCGGUUCCCACUGCCACCUCCGCCGUGCUGCAGUCCCGGCCGAUCCGACCUCCCCGUGUCCCUUCUCCGUCCUUGUUGACUCUAGUUCCCCAUGCCCCUUCCCCGUCCCGGUCGGUGCUAGUUCCCUCUCUCCCAUCUCUGUCCCGGCCGGCCCCAGUUUCUCCUGCCCCGUCUCCAUCCAGGCCAGUCCUAGUUACCCGUGCCCCGUCUUUGUCCCGGCCGCCCCCAGUUCUCCGUGCUCCAUCUCCGUCCCGGCCGGCCCCAGUUCCCCGUGCUCCGUCUUUGCCCCGGCUGGCUCUAGUCCCUCCUAUUCCGUCCCCUUCCCGCCCGGUGGUAGUUCCGUGUCCCGGCUCCCCGUGUUCCACCGCCGUCCCAGCCGUUUCCCCCGUCCCACUCUCGACUGUCCCGUCGGCGUCCCCCCCUUGCCCGCUUCCGUCUCCCGUCGCCAUCUCGUCCAGCUCCAGUUCCCAGUGUCCCGUCACCAUCCCAGCUGGCUCCAGACCCCGGCCUCUCCUGUGCCCGGUACCCCAGCUACCCAUCCCUGUACUCCAGCCCGCCCUCCGGCGCGCCUUUCGCCUGGUGGUCGCCCGCCGGCCCACCCCCCAGACUGCUUCUGCCAUGCCCUUUGUCCCUCCGCCGGCUCCCCUCCACCCACCCUUGUUGAUCCUUUGGGACGUCUGGUAUCCGUCCCUUAAGAAAGGGGUACUGUAA